AUCAGCCCCGCCCCCACCCCUCAACGGCCGCGAGCGCCGGGGUCCUGACGCGACACGCCACGCCGCGCCGCGCGGCCUCAGGCGCCCCGGGACCUCGCGGCACUCGGCACCCCCGGCCCGGCCCCGCCGCGCGCCCUAACCGCAUGAUGUGAAAUAAGAGUUUCAGCAUUAAAACUGCUCGUAUGGGAUGAGUUUUUCUUUACAACAAAAGGUGAAUUAUACUUCAGUGUACUCCAGAUUGUAUGCUACUGAUGGGAACUAUUAAAGUUUAUAAUGUCAGAAACUUUCCUUAGACCAAAGGUGUCUUCCACAAAGGUAACAGACUGGGUAGAUCCAUCAUUUGAUGACUUUUCAGCAAGUACUGCCAUCACUACUAUCACUGCUUCAUCUUUAGGUUUGAAUCAUUUUAGUCACAGAAGAAAAAAUUUGCCCUCUACAGUAGAGAGUAACAGAUUGCCAUCUAGAAAAAGAGGAAAGCUGUGUUUAGAACAGACUUGUGGCCUAGAAACUUCAAAAGAACAUCUGUCUGAAAAUGAGCCGUGGGUGGAUAAAUAUAAACCAGAAACUCAGCAUGAACUUGCUGUGCAUAAAAAGAAAAUUGAAGAGGUUGAAACCUGGUUAAAAGUUCAAGUCUUAGAAGUGAAGCCGAAACAGGCUGGAUCUAUUUUAUUGGUAACAGGUCCUCCGGGAUGUGGAAAGACAACUACUAUAAAAAUACUAUCAAAGGAGCAUGGGAUUCAAGUACAAGAAUGGGUUAAUCCCAUUUUACCAGACUUCCAAAAAGAUGAUUACAAGGAGCUACUUAAUUUUGAAUCAAACUUCUAUACAGUUCCAUACCAAUCUCAGAUAGCAAUCUUCAAUGACUUUCUGUUAAGAGCCACCAAGUAUAGCAAAUUGCAGAUGCUUGGAGAUGAUCUGACAAGUGAUAAGAAGAUAAUUCUGGUUGAAGAUUUACCUAACCAGUUUUAUCGGGACUCUCAGGCACUACAUGAAAUUCUAAGGAAGUAUGUGCAGAUUGGCCGGUGUCCUCUUGUAUUCAUAAUCUCUGACAGUGUCAGUGGAGAUAAUAAUCAGCGAUUACUCUUUCCCAAGAAAAUUCAAGAAGAGUGUUCUAUUUCAAACAUUAGCUUCAACCCAGUGGCACCAACAAUUAUGAUGAAAUUUCUUAAUCGAAUAGUGACUAUAGAAGCUAGUAAGAAUGGGGGAAAAGUUGUUGCUCCUGAUAAAACUUCUCUGGAAUUGCUUUGUCAAGGAUGUUCUGGUGAUAUCAGAAGUGCAAUAAACAGCCUCCAGUUUUCUUCUUCAAAAGGGGAGAACAAUUUAUGGUCAAAGAAAAAAAGAAUGUCAUUGAAGUCGGAUGCUGCAAUAUCAAAAUCAAAGCAAAGAAAGAAACAUAGUGCUUUGGAAAAUCAAGAGAUUCAAGCUAUUGGUGGAAAAGAUGUUUCUCUCUUUCUCUUCAGAGCUUUGGGAAAAAUUCUGUACUGUAAAAGGGCCCCUUUAACAGAAUUAGACUCACCUCACUUGCCUGCUCACUUGUCAGAGCAUGAACGGGAUACAUUACUUGUUCAGCCUGAGGAAAUAGUAGAAAUGUCACACAUGCCAGGAGACUUUUUUAAUUUAUACCUUCACCAAAACUACAUAGAUUUCUUCGUGGAAAUAGAUGAUCUUGUGAGAGCCAGUGAGUUUCUGAGUUUUGCAGAUACCAUUGGUGGUGACUGGAAUACACGCUCUUUACUCAGGGAAUAUAGUACGUCUAUAGCUACAAGAGGCGUGAUGCAUUCCAAUAAGUCCCGGGGAUUCGCUCAUCGCCACGGAGGAGGAUCAAGCUUUCGACCCUUGCACAAACCUCAGUGGUUUCUAAUACAUAAAAAGUAUCGGGAAAAUUGCCUGGCAGCAAAAGCACUCUUUUUUGACUUCUGCCUACCAGCUUUGUGUCUUCAGACCCAGCUCUUGCCAUAUCUUGCUCUGCUGACCAUUCCAAUGAGAAAUAAAGCUCAGAUUUCUUUUAUCCAAGAUAUUGGAAGACUUCCUUUGAAGCGAAACUUUGGAAGGUUGAAAAUGGAAGCCCUGACUGACAGAGAGCUGGGGCUAAUAGACCCCGACACGGAGGACGAAUUCUGCCAUAAUGGAGGACAGCUUGCUCAGGAAGCUCAGGGGGAACCCUGUCAGACUGCUGAGCCAGAAACCUGGUCUCUUCCUUUGAGUCAGAACAGUGGGAGUGACCUGCCUGCCAGCCAGCCUCAGCCCUUUUCCUCCAAAGUGGACAUUGAGGAAGAAGAAGAAGAAGAAGUAAUAAUAGAAGACUAUGACAGCGAUGAGACAUAGAAAGCAGCCUGCCAAUCACAUUGCUACCUGAGAGAUUGAUGAGUUUAUUCAGUGGUACUUGAACUGCAUUAACACCGACAAUUUGUUAACUGCUCAGUUCUUUAUGGUAUUCAUCAUAAGCAGCUGAUGUCUGCCAUCGCAGGUCUCAAGAACUCAGUAUUUAGUAUUUAUUUACCCUUGUGUGGUUUCGGGAGGAGAGGUCAAGGUGUGAAGUAUGUUUGAAUGUUGUGCUAAAUAUCAGAAAAUGUGAAGGAGUAAUCCAGAAUAUACAGACUUUAUGGGAUGUUGUAAAUGUGAUUUAUAAAAGUUUAGGAGGCAAUUAUGAGUAUAAGUAAACUUUGUGCCUUAUUUGCAGUUUGCAUCUAGCUUCUCUGAUACCGUUUGGUAUGUUGUACAGUGGAAUAUUUUAGAUACUUCUGAAAAGUAAUUACAUAAUUUAUAUCAAAAUUAAAAUGUUGGAUUUC